CCUCUCUCUCUUUCUCUCUCUCUCCUGUUUUUUCUUAAUUUUCGCGAAUUUUGAUUUUUUUCCCUGGAAAUUCCGUUCUGCAAAAUUUUCCCGAGAAAGUUCCCCCAGGCGACUUUUUGUCCUUUCUCUCUUUCCCCGGAGAUGAAGCUCGUGGAGGAAGAAGAGAUAGCGUUCGUCGAGAAGGAGGAGGAGGAGGAGGAGGAGGAGGAGAUUGAGGUCUCCAGCGGGGACGAGGAGGAGAACGACGGCGUGGAGGGCGGCGGCGCGGGGGAGGAGGAGGACGGCGGGGAGGAGGGCGACGGCGGCGGCGACGGCGGCGAGGACGACGACGACGACGAAGAGGAUGGCGAUGGCGACGAGGAGGACGACGACGACGUGCAGGAGGUCUUCCCCGCGUCCGGUGGGCCCGUGGCGGUGGGCGGCGACAGCGACGACGAUGACGACGACGACGACGAGGAUGACGACGCCGAGGGCGACGACGGCGGCGAUGACGACGAUGACGACGACGACGACGAUGAGGAGGCUGAAGAUGAGGAGGAAUUGGGAACUGAGUACCUAGUCAGGCCUGUGGGUCGUCCCGAGGAUGAGGAGGACGCGAGCGACUUCGAGCCUGAGGAGAAUGGCGAGGAAGAAGACGUCGACGAAGAGGACGAGGAAGACAGGGAUGGGGACAAUGCUGGCGGGAAGGUCGAGGCUCCUCCGAAGAGGAAGCGAUCGGAUAGGGACAACUCUGACGACGACGACGGCGGCGACGAUGGGGGAGAGGAUGAUGAGAGACCCUCCAAGCGAUAGGCCGAGGGCGUGGCCCUUCCUGGUCUGAGCAAUGACUUUGACUUAUUUGACUCUCUAUUUUCUCUCUCAAAGCCCCCUCUUUGCAGCAGGGAAAAAAAAAAGAUAGCAGGUUUUCAAUUGGAGUAAGCUUUUUUUCUUUUGGGUCGCUUGUAUCCUCAAGGUGCAUUUAGGAUGAAGAGCAUAACUCUUUGUAUGGUCGAAUGCAUAGUCACAUGGGGUUUCGACAAAACUGUGUUGCAACAAGCUGAUUUAGACAUGUGACUCCUUGUGUAAGUUUUAGGAGAUUCGGGAACAUUUCAUUGGACACAGUUAUGUUUUGUAGGGUUUUCUUUCCUAUAAUUUAAGAGUUUCUCUGGUUA